AGGAAUGGACAAGCGACUCCGAUUUAUUUCCAAAACGACGAUUGUCAAAUUAAUGAUUUAGAACUGUUGUCGGUGUCAGAAUUCAAUGUAUUUUUUUUAAUAUAGUUUGAGUCUGUUUUCACUUUUCAUAGGGGUAUGAGUCAUUAAUGCAGACGAGCAAGAGUAAGGUGCGAGCCAAAAGGUAAUCUUUAGAGCACGACACGUGCGGUUAAGAGAGCGAGAGCGAGAGCGAGAGCGAGAGAGAGAGAGGGGAGCGACUUCACUCACUAGGUGCAACGAGUCGUGUGCCAAGUAUGACUUUGUCCAGUGCCCCACCCCUUCGCAGAGGAAGCACCCCUGUUCCUAUCAAACAUCAGCUCAGAAGGGAAGAGGCCAUCAAUGAUGAUUGUGACUGGACUCCUGGCCUGGGUGAACUAUCCACUCCUCCAAUCAGCUUGGUCCCGGCGCUGGAGAAGGCCAUCAGCACAGAUGUGGAGGAAAGGCAGGACGGCCCACUGAGGAUUGCACUGCUCGGCCAGAACGGGGUGGGGAAGACCUCACUCGCCAUCGCCCUCGCGGGGGAGAUGGACAGAACUGCAUCUAUGGACUCUGAUGGAGAGGGCUAUGCUCGCACUGUCACCGUAGAUGAUGAAGAAAGCACAGUUUUUAUCUUUGAUAACUGGAGACAGGAUCUGUCCACACUGGUGUGUGAAGUGUGUGUGCUGGUGUUUUCAGUGACGGACAGACGUAGUUUUCACCGCACAGCUCAACUCCGCCUUCUCCUCAGGGAAAAUCAACCCCAAACCCCUAUCAUUCUCGUAGGCAACAAGAGUGACUUGGUUCGCUCUCGAGAGGUCAGCACUGAGGAGGCUCGGUCCUGUGCUGCACUGUAUGAAUCUCCCUAUCUGGAGCUCUCUGCAUCUCUGGACCAUGGCACUGCUGAGCUCCUGGACCUGGCCGUGCGUACAGCUCGGGGCGAGAUGCUGGGUCUGCAGGGGUCCGGUGGUGGAGCCGGGGCCAUGGGGAGCCGGCGCGUGAGCCUCAGCACGCGGGCGAAGCGCUUCCUGGGCAGCCUGCUGCCACGCUACCCCCGCGUGGACCGUGAAGGCGGCAAGUUCUUCAGGCAGAAGUCUCGCUCAUGUCAUGACCUCGGAGCUCUAUGAACAAAAGGCAGAAAAAGAGAAAAAAGGAGAG